AUGUUUGGCGGAAAAGUGCACAUCGUCGGCUCUCCGGAACUGAUAACCUCUCUUCAGAGACAGGGCAAGACCGCUUCUUUCUGGUACCUGGAGGCCCUGCUCACAGCUGAACUUGGGGGCCUGAGCAGAGAUGGGAUGAAGAAAUUGGUUGCCAAUCUAGAGCCAGCGUCUGAGAAACCUAGUCUCUUGAUAGAUGGAUUGAAAGCCACACAGCAGGCAAUCUCCCCUCUUGGCGGCGUUGAUGGCAUGAUCCGUAUCGCAGCAGAAAAUAUCCAGGCCCGUCUUGACAAUUUAGCAAGUGAAACAGGUGAUAUCAAUUUAACUACUGAUCUUUGGGCAUGGGUUCAGCAUGAAAUUACGGUUGCCACGACGGAAAGCGUCUACAGUCCCGAAAAUCCGUAUCGAGAUUCAAAGGUAGAAACUGGGUUCUGGAACUUUGCCAACGACAAUGUCACGCUCCUGUUGACAAAGUUUCUCCCGAAUUUUGUUGCCUCCAAAGCCAUCAGAGGUCGAGCCGUAGUGGUAGAGGCAAUGAGUCGUUACUUUACUAAAGGUGCCCAAAAGAAUGGUUCAUCGCUGGUCAAAGCAAGAUACGCAAGUCUAUCGACCGAGAUGAGCCACGACGACCUUGCCAGAUUCGAGUGUGUCAAUGGCAUUGCAAUAAUGACCAACACGGUUCCUACCGCUUUCUGGACAGUCUUCCAUAUAUUUUCUGAUCCCGAGCUUCUGGGGGAAGUGCGGGAGCAAGUGCGAGAAAUAACAACCACCACGCGUUCGAUGGAGACGGGUAAUUUGGAACGUAAGAUCAACCUUCGUAGGUUAAAAGACGCACCGAUACUCUUCUCCGCGCAACAAGAAGCUUUACGAUUCCGAGCUACCGGCACGCAACCGCGUAUGGUCAUGGAAGAUAUGAUCGUUAGAGAUGAUGAGUAUCUCCUUAGGAAGGACUCAAUGGUGAUCAUAGCCAAUAGAGCAUUACACUAUGACAAGAAGACCUGGGAAGAGGCGGCCGAUGUAUUUCGCGCGAAUUGUUUUUGCGGCAAGGUUCCUGGACAUGCUUUCCGAGGCUUCGGCGGAGGUUUAAACUUGUGUCCCGGACGAGGGUUUGCUAUGGUAGAGGUAGCGGCGCUUGUGGCAAUGCUAGCAAUGAGGUUCGACUUGGUACCAGUAGGGGGAAAUUGGGUUGAACCUGGCCAAGAUCUCAAUAAUAUGUCUCUUCAGGUUGCUCCGCCCGGAAGGAAAGUGAUAGUCAGUAUAGUACCCAGGGAGGGAUCAGAUGGACAGAAAUGGUCUUUUGAGUAG